AUGGCGGAUCUAAUGCCGGCACUUUGCUACUUCAAAAAUGCGAUGUGUACAGAUGGCGAUUUUUCAAUGAUCGAAACUGAAAUGGGAUCUUGUAUCCAAUUUAACGCAGAAGGUGAAUUGAAGAGUGUUGAAACAGAAGGCAGCGUGUUUGGAUUAAAGCUGUAUCUUUUUGCACAACAGAGUGAUUAUGCAUCUUUCACCACAAUAUCCGGUUUCACGGUACUGUUGCACGAGCGAGGCGAAUUUCCCGAUAUGUCGGGCCUAGGGUUACAAGUGUCACCGGGAGAAAGUGUCCACAUAGCUAUGAAGCAAAGACGACUGUCGAAUCUCCCUCCCCCACACGGACAGUGCAAAGAGAGAACUUUGAAGUACUUCCCAAAAUAUACCAAACUUAAUUGCGAUGCUGAAUGUUAUCUAAAUCACACACAAACAUGUGGUUGCCGCAUGUUUUAUCAACCAAAAACGGGCAAUCAAACAAUCGAUGAUCAGCGAACUUGUAACCUCAAAGAUAUCAUGUUUGAAUGUUUCAAUAUCAGCACAGAACAGAUGGCUGGUUACAGUGGCUGUGAUUGCAUGGAGGCUUGUCAAAGUACCCUUUAUACGCACUCAAUUUCACACACCAGAAUGUCUGAAGUAUUCAUAAAGAGACUGAUCGCGAUGUACAACAACACCGAUACAUCGUUCUUCCGUGAAAAUAUCAUCAUGCUGAAUAUUUUCUAUUCUGACAUCAGCGUCGAGGAGGUGGUGCAACAGGAGGCGUACAGCGCGCUGACCCUCUUCGCAGAUAUCGGGGGAGCGUUGGGUCUCGUGCUGGGGAGCACCUUGAUGACAGCUGCUGAAAUAGUGGACUUUGUUCUGGGCGUGAGUUUACGGAAACUGUUUGGAAAGAGAGUAUAG